UUUGUAGGAGGAGAGAGAAUAAGAACGGGGUUACCAAGCGGAGCAUCAUUGUUUUCAGAUAUGCUUCACUGAGUGCAACCUUCACUUUGCUCCGACAAGCCUUUUACCAGUUUGUUCCACCAGUUGUACGACAAUACAUUUAUGACAUUUUCAAACAAUUGUUCACUCGUAAAUCUCCUCCUUCUCCAGAUUGUUGUGAACUCAUAAUUGAAGAAGAGGGUAAUGGUUUUUAGUACUAACCAAGUCUUUCAAGCUUGCCAGAUCUACCUUUGCAACAAACUUAAUGACUCUGCCAGUGUACUUAAGGUACUUUUAUGAUUUUUUUUUUUUUUUAAAAUUGCAACACUAGGCCGGGAAAAACGUUUUUUUUGGUAGGAGCGAAAAUAUGUGCUAACUCCAUUUCAAAUUAUUUGUACGGGCAAGUAAUUUGAAUCAGAGGUAGUUGAAUUAGAGGUAGUAUAUUGACUAAGAGAGUGUUGCAAUAAACCUUAAUGAAGGAAAAAAUUGUUAUAAACUUGUAAUAGAUCGGAGAUAAUUUGUAUAUUUGGGGUCCCUUUUAGGUGAGUAGAGUACCAAAUGAGGAGACUAUGAGCUUCAAGCUUGCUGAAAGGGUCAAAUACUCUGAGAAUUUUGAAGGAAUACAUCUGAAAUGGGUAUUUAGUUACAUCGCUUCUUCUUCUAAGGCUCGUUCUUCGGUUGAUGAUCUUGAUAAGCGAUCAGGUAGUAAUGAAAAAUCCUGUUUCUCAUUGAGAUUUGACAAAGAGCAUAAAAAGAAGAUUUGUACUGUUUACUUACCAUAUGUUGUGGAGACAUCAAAAGCUAUUGUUCGUGAGGAGAAAGUCUUGAAACUAUUUUAUUGUAAUAGAAUACAAUGUGGUCCUAUGCCUGGCUCAAGUGUUAAGCAAUCCGUUAAUAUGGUUCAUCCCUUUAAGUUUGAGAACUUGGCUAUGGAUCCUGAGUCGAAGAAGGCGAUAAUGGAUGAUUUGGACAUUGUGAGGAGAAAAGAGUUUUAUGAGAGGGUUGGGAAGCCUUGGAAACGAGGCUACUUGCUUUAUGGUCCUCUGGGUACUGGCAAGUCGAGUCUGAUAGCUGCUAUUGCUAACUAUCUCAAAUUUGACAUCUAUGAUUUGCAACUGGGACAGAUUCAUGAUUCUAGCUUGAGAAAUUUGUUGCGCUAUAUUCCAAGUAAAACUAUUAUCAUUGUUGAGGAUAUUGAUUGCUCUGGAGGGCUCCCAAGAGGAAGAUUAUACCACCCUGGCUUCGAUGACUCUUCGGAGAAGGCCAAGAAUGAUCAUCAGAUGUCGCUGGCUGCACUGCUCAACUUUGCUGAUGGAUUGUGGUCUUGUUGCGGAGAUGAGAGGUUGAUCAUAUUUACCACAAAUCACAAGGAAAGGCUUGAACCAGCUUUGUUACGACCUGGUCGUAUGGAUAUGCACAUUCACAUGUCGUACCUUACUAUGGAGGGCUUCAAAAUCUUAGCCUAUAAUUAUCUCCUAGUUUCUGGUAACCAUCCGCUGUUUGGAGAGAUCAAAGGCCUUUUGGAAGCUGUAAAUGCUACUCCUGCUGAAGUUGCCGAGGAACUUAUGAGAAGUGAGGAUGUUGAUGCCUCUCUUCAAGGGGUCGUCGAGUUGCUAAAGAGGAAGAAAACCGAAGCAGAGGAUGCUGCAAGUAUGAGACCUCCGGCUGAAACAGAGGAUUUCACAGAGAAAACGGAAAGUGGGAAUGUCUUGCCUUCAAAAUGCUAAAGUGAAAUCACUGUAGAAUGUGGACUUCUAAUGGCUUCAAGCUUUAAUUCUACGUAAUUCGUAUUUUACCAGCAUAUUCAGACUAUCAUUUG